UCUUCAGUCUCUUCACGACCAUUUUCGAGGAGAAGGCUGAUCAGAGCGUCUCGACGCGCAUUUCUUGCGCAGAUCAGGGUAGCACCUUUCCACUUUCCGUCUUAGAGUUUCUCAGCCAUGGCCGCAGCGAGCGAUGAUCUCGAGAAGCUGUACGAACAUGGGGAGAAAUUAGCGAGCUCGAAGGACAAAACUCAGAACGAGAAGGACUACCUCGGGGUCAUCGCGGCGGCGACGGGGAGCAGCAAGGCGAAGCUGUUCGCCGCGCAGCAGAUUCCGCGCUUCUUCAAAUUCUUUCCGCAGCUGUCCGCCGAAGGCAUCAACGCGCAGCUAGAUCUCUGCGAGGAUGACGACAUCAAUAUUCGCCUUCCUGCAAUCAGAGGCCUGCCAUUCCUCUGCAAGGACACUCCCGAGCAUCUCCCCAAGAUAGCCGACGUUCUCGGCCAGCUGCUGAUUGGAGAGGAGCCAGAGCACGGAGUGGUGCAGAACUCGUUGAUGCAGGUGCUGAGGCAGGACCCCAAAGGGAGCCUGGCGGCCAUAUUCAAGCACAUAGAGAGCUCGGAAGACAAGCUCAGGGAAAACGUGCUGUCGUUCAUCAGAGACAAGGUGUUUCCCAACAAGGCCAGCAUCCUGGUGCCCCAGGCGGAGAUGGAGAGACACGUCACCGACCUCAUCAAGGGCAUUCAGGACGUGACGGGCGAGGAGUUCAGCAUGUUCAUGGCGUUCCUGCAGGGCCUCGCGCUCUUUGGAGCCAAGGCACCGCCAGAGAGGAUGCAGGAGCUGGUGGAGAUCGUGGAGGGGCAGGCGGACCUCCUCGCCUCCUUUGACGCGUCAGACACGGACCACAUUGAGCGGGUCAUGGCGUGCCUUCAGAUGGCGCUGCCCUUCUUCGCUAGGGGCGGGUCCAACAGCAAGUUCUUCAACUUCAUUGCCAAGCACAUUCUGCCCGCCUUCGAUAAGGUGGCGGAGGACCGGAGGGGCGAGCUGCUGCGGAGCAUGGCGGAGGCAUCCGCGUUCACGUCGCCCACUGACUCCAGACACCUGCUGCCAGGGGUCACGGAUCUGCUCAAGGACUACAUGUCGAAGAGGGGCGACGAUCUGGACGUCACAGCACUGGAGGCGCUACUGUUCACAUUCAACCAGCUCGCUCACAAGACGCCCAACGCCACCAACCCGCUGUGCGGCUACAAGAUAGUGACGGGGCAACCCUCUGACCACCUGGGGGAGGACUUCAAAGACCUCCACGCCGACUGGCUCGCCAGGGUGGCGGGCAUGGAGGAGGAGGUGCGGAAGCGCAGCAAGGCGGUGCUGCAGGAGGUGGCGGAUGUGAGCAAGGAGCAGCGCACCGCCAAGGACGACCAGACAAAGACCGACCUUAAGGAGAAGAAGGCAGCAGCGGCACGAGUGCUCAAGGCACUGCAGAACAUUGAGAAGCUCAGUAAGCCGCUCAAGUCCACCACGCCUCAGUUCCCGGGCGGCAAGGCGGCACCGGCGCUCUCCUGGAAGCCGGAGGCCGCCACCCCCGCUGCUGCAGGGCCCUCUGCCGCCAAGCCAGUGCCAGCACAGGCAGUCGGGGCGAAGCGAGCUGCAGGCGCAACCAAUGGCAGGGGAGGGGCAGCGGCACCGCAGCAGAAGAAGGUGCGGCAGGAUGGCAGCGGGGGCAGCGGUGGUGGGAAGAUUAUUGGGCGGGCCGUGCAGGGUGUUCAGGGGGGUGGUGGGCAAGGCGGAAGAGGUGGUGGUGGUGGGAGGUCCAGAAGGCCCUGGCGGAGAGGGGGGAGGAUGUGACUGCUUUGUUUGAUUUUUCUUAGCUAGUGUUUUGCCCCCUUUUUUUUUGCAUGGUCUGGUAUGAAAGAGGUCAAAAUGGAUAGAAUAUUUACCUCCUAUUACGUGAAAUGCAUCAGCCCUGGAGUGAGUGCAAGGCCAUAACCUAGGUUCACAUUUACGCAUGCAUUCAUUGCACUAAGUCUCCAAGAACGAGUUUGUAUCGUUGACUUGAGGACACUGUUUCAGUGUACUUGA